AUGUCUUCACACAACGCUUCUGAUGAAUACGGUGCUGAAAGUGGUAUUCCUACUUUCAAAGUUAUUGUUAUUGGUGAUGUUUCCGUUGGUAAAACUUCAAUCAUUUCUAGGUUUUGUGAUGGUGAAUUUAAAGAGAGCUAUCCAUCAUCGUUGGGUGUUGAUUUCAAAAUGAAGGAAAUGAAGGUCUCGAAUCAAUCGGCAAUUAAAUUACAAGUUUGGGACUUUGCCGCUGAUAUUCAUAACAGAUUUGCCAACGUUGCUAAACAUUCUUAUUCAGAAGCUCAUGCCAUUAUCAUUGUGUUUGACAUUACGAAUAAGGAAUCUUUCCAAGACUUGGAAACUCACUGGCUUGGGGAAUUACAACAACAAACGUUGAGAGAAAAUCAUUUUAAAAUUCUUGUGGGUAACAAGUCAGAUCUUGUUGACAAGAGAGUUGUCACAAACGCUCAAUCGUUAGCAUCAAAAUAUGGGUGUGAAUACAUGGAAACGAGCGCCAAGAAAGGAGACAAUAUUGAUCAACUUUUCCAAACUGUUGGACGAAACAUUUUUGAAGCUUAUCAAAGAGGAGGAUUCAAGGAAGAGCUUUGGACUGAAGAUAAGGAAAAGAAAAAGAAGUGUUCUCUCCAAUAG